ACACACACACAGACACACACACACACACAAACGAGAAGCCCAGUUUGCAGGCACACCUCAGAGUAUACACACACACGCACACAGUAUAUUUCAGCCUAGAAUACCUUGGCUGCGUGUGUGUGUGUGUGUGUCCGUGUGUCUGUUGAAGUGUUAAGUGUGUUCAUUUGUGUGUGCUGCCUCUGAUCAAGUGUCCUGUGGUGAGUGACGGAUCUGAAGGCGGAUUUGCAAGGGUGAAUACGAUUAGUGGGUGAGGAGUGGACGGGAAUAAGAGUGGUAGGAGUGAACGAGAGGCAAUACAAAGCGAUAGACAGAGGAACAGUGGUAAGAGGUAGACAGAACACUGAAAUAAGGUGAUGCUAGACAGAGAUGGAAGGGAAUUGACAAGAACGCUGGUGUAAGGUGAAAGACAGAACAGCGGAGGUAAGGAGUGCACGAGACUAACCUGACGUGAUACAGGCAUGCAGUGACAGGGUAAACAGAGAGCCGUGAUGCAGCGUGACUGAGUGCACAGGACAAGGACAGGGUGUGACUGAGGGUUAAGAAAUAUUUAGUAAAGAAGUGGAAAAUAUAGAAGAAAAAGAAAGAAAAAAAACGGAUUAAGCAGGAUAGGAGAACAAGAAGAGUUAUUUGGUUAGAGGAGAGUAGAGAAGAGGAGUACAAGGCGGAGCAGGAGCAAGAACAGUGAGUGAGAAGCAAGCACGAGACGCGGGAGUGACAGUCAGGCGUGCGGCAGGAAGAGGAACCACGCGCGGCGCCCGCACGUUCACCCCGCCUGCGGGAGCGUGAGGCAAGGCGGCAGCAGACGGCGUCGUGACCUGCGCUGCCCACCAGUCAUGGCGUGAGGGGCGCGUCGCUCCCCAGAGAUGAGUAGCAUUAUCCGAGGCGCCCUGUCCUGGCUGGGCGGCGGCGGUGGCGGAGGCGGCGGCAGCGACAGCAGCAGCAGCAGCAGCAGCAGCAGCAGCAGCAGCAGCAGCAGCAGCCGGGAAGUGAGGGUGGAGAGGAUGGCCACCACCCCGCCCGGCGCCCCUCUGCCCCCCUCCAAUCCCAUGUCCAUCACCCAGCACGCCACUCCCCUGCCAGACCAUGCCGUGCCCCCCACUCAGUCCGGCACGCUCUGCUCCACGCCCACCUCGGGCUGCUCCACGCCCCUGCCGCGCCACGUGCCGCCCUCACCAACUGGGCCGCCGCCCAAGCCCCAGGCCAGACCCGCCCUGCAGUCCGCGCCGCGCCGCCCCAGCGUGCAGCCCCGCAGGGACAGCCAGGGGGCCUGCCCCGCCCCCACCGCCACGCCCCCUCAGCCAGAGGCGGGGCGCAGCAAGGGUGGUGAGCCCCGCUGGGUGCCCCCUUCCCCCGGGGCGCGGCGGGAGCGCCCCAAGUUCCUGCCGCUGGUGUCCCCACACAGGCCAGCACAGCCAGCUCCCGCCACCGCCUUCCAGCUCCCCCCCUGCCCCCCGCCCCGCCCCCUGCCCCCGCCGCGCCCACUGCGCAGGGCACAGAGCUUCCAGUACCCAGACUACAGCCACGUCAGGCCCAAGGUGAACAGCAGACCCUCGCCCGCCAGCCCCUCACAGGGAGGCGCCAAACCAAAGCGUAGCAGCGUUCCCAUGGGAGCUGCGCCUGCACCCCGCGGCGCGCCCCGGGGCGGCAGGGCGACCAGUGAGCGCGGCGCCGCCCCCGUGCUGAGCCACAGCCACAGCAUGAGGGAGCUGCCCAAGCAGGCGAGCCGCCGCGCCGCCCCGCAGCCUCACCAGGACUGCGAGGCGGGCAUGCGGCGCUGGCGCAGCCUGGGGGAUGAGUACCCCCUGCAACGCCCCGCGCGCCGCCACCCGCAGGGGAGUGCCAGGGGCGUGGCCUGCUCCACCAGCCAAGGGGACCUCACGAUGGAGAGCAUCACGCCCCUGCAGCCUGUUGACCUCGGCAGGACGCCUGCCCGACGUGGAAUCAGGCACUCGGCUUCCUGCCCUCAGAACCUUAGCAGGGCCGCUUCCCAGCAGGAGGAGGAAAUCAGCAGAGCCUCACUUCAGCAGGAGGACGUCAGCAGAGCCUCACUUCAGCAGGAGGACGUCAGCAGAGCCUCACUUCAGCAGGAGGAGGAAAUUAGCAGAGCCUCACUUCAGCAGGAGGACGUCAGCAGAGCCUCACUUCAGCAGGAGGACGUCAGCAUAGCCUCACUUCAGCAAGAGGACGUCAGCAGAGCCUCACUUCAGCAGGAGGACGUCAGCAUAGCCUCACUUCAGCAGGAGGACGUCAGCAGAGCCUCACUUCAGCAGGAGGACGUCAGCAGAGCCUCACUUCAGCAGGAGGACGUCAGCAUAGCCUCACUUCAGCAGGAGGACGUCAGCAGAGCCUCACUUCAGCAGGAGGACGUCAGCAGAGCCUCACUUCAGCAGGAGGACGUCAGCAGAGCCUCACUUCAGCAGGAGGACGUCAGCAUAGCCUCACUUCAGCAGGAGGACGUCAGCAGAGCCUCGCCUCAGCUGGAGGACGUCAGCAAAGCUUUACUUCAGCAGGAGGACGUCAGCAGAGCCUCACUUCAGCAGGAGGACGUCAGUAGAGCAUCACUUCAGCAGGAGGACGUCAGCAGAGCCUCGCCUCAGCUGGAGGACGUCAGCAAAGCUUUACUUCAGCAGGAGGACGUCAGCAGAGCCUCACUUCAGCAGGAGAACGUCAGCAGAGCCUCACUUCAGCAGGAGGACGUCAGCAGAGCCUCGCCUCAGCUGGAGGACGUCAGCAAAGCUUUACUUCAGCAGGAGGACGUCAGCAGAGCCUCACUUCAGCAGGAGGACGUCAGCAGAGCAUCACUUCAGCAGGAGGACGUCAGCAGAGCCUCGCCUCAGCUGGAGGACGUCAGCAAAGCUUUACUUCAGCAGGAGGACGUCAGCAGAGCCUCACUUCAGCAGGAGGACGUCAGCAGAGCAUCACUUCAGCAGGAGGACGUCAGCAGAGCCUCGCCUCAGCUGGAGGACGUCAGCAAAGCUUUACUUCAGCAGGAGGACGUCAGCAGAGCCUCACUUCAGCAGGAGGACGUCAGCAGAGCAUCACUUCAGCAGGAGGACGUCAGCAGAGCCUCACUUCAGCAGGAGGGCGUCAGCAGAGCAUCACUUCAGCAGGAGGACGUCAGCAGAGCCUCGCCUCAGCUGGAGGAGGAGGAAGUGAGCAGGCCACCGUUCGCCGAGAGCGGCGGCAGCGGGGUGGCGGCGGUGGAGGACAGCAGCGUGGCCACAGCGGGCAGUGAGGGCGUGGGCAGGUCGUCAUCGUCGUCGUCAGAGAGCGAGGAUGACGGGGACGAGGUGUUCCUGCCCGCGGCGGCGCGCAUGGGCGGCCUGAGCCGCAGCUGGGGCGGCGGGGAGUGGGGGGCGUGGGGAUGCUCCAGCAGCAGUGACAGCAGCAGGGACAACAGCCCCGCGCCCCUCAGGCGGCCCACAGGCAGCCUCACCAGCCUGGUGGAGUGCGGCGCCCCGCGGAUGGGCAGCAGCAGCAGCAGACACAGUCUGUGCCUCAGCCUGACGGACCUGCACCGCACCGGCAGGCGUGGCGCCACCAGCAGCAGCAGCAGCAGCAGCAGCGCCGGCGCCAGGCGGUCAGCGCAGGGCGUGCUGUCCUGCUCCUGCAGUCAGACACGCCUGGAUACCCACACAGGCUGGCAUGCCCUCCGCCGCAGCCUGCAGCGCCGCACCCGCGCUGCGCACGGCUGGCACGCGCUGCGGGAGCGAGUGCUGGAGGAGGUGAACGUCCGCCGGAAGGCGCGGGCAAGGAGGGACGGCGGGGAGGGAGCCAGCGAGUGGCCGCCUAGGGAAGAGGAAGAGGAGGAGAGAGAGGAGCCGGAGCAGCAGGCCCCGCCGGAAGUGUGUCCGCCCGCCGCUUCCGUGGAGUCCCCGGGAUGCCACCGCUCCUGCCGCCCGCCGCGCCUCAGCGAGGUGUUCGGUGGCAGCGGGGACGUGCGCGCCGCGCGGCGCCUCGUGAAGGACAGCCUCAGCGUGGAGGAACCGGGCCGCAGGACGCGCCGAGGAAGGAACCGUCGCCGGGCCGCUGCCGCCGCCGCCGCCGCCGCCGCCGCUGCCGUCCAGCCAUCCCUGAUGUAUGCCACGCCCACGGCCGGGGCGCCGUGCGGGCGUGCGGCAGACCUGCUGGAGGUGGUGGUGGGGCUGCCGCCGCAGGAGCCGAGCCCCGAGAGCGGCCUGGGCACAAGCUUCGAGGACAGCGCCGCUUCCUUCUCGUCGUCCUCCGCUCCGGCCUCAGGCAGCUCCUCGCCCGCCCCCACGCCGCCCCCCGCAGCCACGCCCCGCCAGGUGUACCACGCCAUCUCCCACUACCUGUGCUCCGUGGACCUGGCGGAGAGCGAGGACGACAGCUUCAAUCAGGAGGCUGACGCGCUGUGCCCCGAGGACCUACUGAUGCUGACGGACAACGAGGACGCCGUCAGCUGGCGCGACCUGGUGGUGUGCGAGUCCGCGCCGCGCCCUCACCAGCCUGACCUGGACCUGCACUUUUCGGCGCCGCCCAGCCCCGGCCCGUCCUCCACCCGCCUGCCGGAGGAGCUGCAGGACCUGCUGGGGGCAGACUUCCCCCUGGGCAGCCUGGCCUUGGACAGCCCCCAGCCCCCGCAGCCCUCCCCGCCCGCCGCCACCCCGGGGCCCUCAGACACCUGGGGGCACUACACUUCCUCCCCCUCCCCUGACGACCCCUGGCCUCCCUCCCUGCCACCCGAGCCGCCACUCACCCCCCAGGGACCACCCAACACCCCCAACCGGGACCCCGCCUCUCCAACUACGCCGCAGCACCUGCCCUCUAUCCUGCCGCAGGAGCAGCCCGCGCCCUCCAACUGCCACGCCCACGAGAAGGCGACGACGUCGUGUGAGGAGGAGUGCCGCGGGCGUGGGCGGACGACUAGCUUGGAGGCGCGGGAGGCGUCACGAGAGCGCAGCGUGAGCUGCAGCGAGAACAUGCGCGCCUUCCUGCUGUCCCAGCCCUGCGCCGCCAUGCACGCCACCCACGCCCACGCCGCCAACGCCUCUCAUUCCUGCACUGACAAACACGUGCUGGCCCACGCCACGGAGAGUACUGAGGCCACCGCCGCCACCACCACGCCCACCACAGCCGCGGCGCCCUCCGCCACAUCCACGCCCACCAAAACACUCACCACCACCACCGCCACCGCCAGCCGCCGUCGUCGCCGCCCGUGCCAGCAGAAACGAGGCUUUUGGGCAAGACUGUUCUGCACCGCGCCAGUCACCGUAGAGGGGUUGGCGCCCCCCGACAAUGCCUCCACCACCUCCAGCAGCCAUGCCAGCAGUGACCCAGAACCCCUCCCGCCUCCAAUUCCCCCCCACGGUGCGCCCUCCGCCCCGGCUUGCCCCUCCCCCUCCCCGUCUGACCCGGAGGUGAUGACGGCAGAAGAAGCCCAGCGGUUAUUAAGUGCCAACAUUGUGGAGAGUAGAAAAAGAGAGAACCAGAGCGUGCUGUCAGACGAGGAGGCUCAAGAAGUCGUCCUAUUACUCUCCCCCACCGACAAGAAUGUGCCCAACCUCCCACACCCCCAGGACACCCCCCUCCCCCAGGAGGCCGCCCCGCCCCCCGUGCCGCCCCACUACACCAAGCCGGGUCAGGGGGAUGAGUAUGAUAGCAACCUUGCCCCACCCUAUGACCCAAGUUUGACCUCCCCCCUAAGUCCUGAGGAAGAGCCAUCUGAACAUGACUCCUCGGAAGGGUCAGGGGCCGGCAGCGAGGCCUUCCAGGUGACGCGAGUGAAGGAGGUGUUAGUGGAGGAUGGCGUACACUACUUGGAGGACGGUCAUUUCUGGGUGGAGGUUCCCGGCAUUCCAGAGGAGGAGGAGGAGGAGGAAGAUGAUAUUACCAUUCCCUUCCACCCACCCACCCGUCUCACCUUCUCCACUCAGCCCGUCCAGGUAUUCAGUACUUACUCCGUCACCGAAUAUGAUCGGAAGAACGACGAGGUGGAUCCUGUGGCGGCUAGUGCGGAGUAUGAGCUGGAGAAGAGGGUGGAGAAGAUGGAUGUCUUUCCCGUGGAGAUUAUCAAAGGUGAGGGCGGCCUGGGGCUCAGCAUCAUUGGUAUGGGUGUGGGGGCAGACGCAGGUGUGGAGAAGCUGGGGAUCUUCGUCAAGACCAUCACACCUGGGGGAGCCACUGAGAAGGAUGCCAGGAUACAAGUGAAUGACCAGAUCAUCGAGGUGGACAGGAAGAGCCUGGUGGGGGUGACGCAGGUCUUCGCGGCUUCUGUGCUAAAGAACACAAGUGGACGCGUGCACUUCCUCAUCGGCAGGGAGAAAGACCCAGAGAACAGCGAGGUGGCCCUUCUUAUCAAGCAAUCCCUUCAGGCUGACCGAGAGAGAGAGGAGAGGCGCCGAGCUUUAGGAGGUCCAGAUUACGACCCCCACACAGGACAUGGCCUCUAUGACACCCUCUCAUCCCCAUCUGAGGAAAACUCUCGCUCGGAAGACAUCCCCGGCGCGCACCACCACCACCACCACCACUACCCAAGCUACAUGGACGGCGGAGGGGUGGUGGUGGGAUCGCCCCCUACCUCCCCUGACCACACCUCCUCCCCACCCCCAGAAGUGUUUGAUCUGGAGGGUGACACAUCAGACACCUCCCCAGACAAUGACGUUGGGGUGCUCAAGCUGAAACUGAAGGAGGUGCAGUACAGGAAUGCCAUUGCUGAGGCUGAGAUUACCAAGCUUAAGAUGUCGCUGCUCGAGAUGGAAAAGGUGGUGACGGAAAACACACAGUACACUGCGCAGCUGAUGGAGGCGCAGGGCAAGAUGGCAGAGCUGGAUUCCAAGCUACAGAGUAAGGAGACAGAGGUGGCCACUUAUCAGGACAUGCUGGAACAGUCUCAGGGGCAGUUCAUUGUGCUGGAGAAGAAGUACACCAAGGCCAAGAAGAUAAUUAAAGAGUACCAGGGGAGAGAGAGGGACUUCCUGCACCGGGAGGAGUACCACAUCACUCAGCUGGAGGACAAGGAUUCCCACUACAAUGCACUGGUCAAGGCUCUCAAGGAUCGGGUAAUACAACUUGAACAUGAACUGACAAAGGCCCAGAAGAGUGCUGGACUCCCUGUACAGGUUCCCACAGACUCCAGCACCCAGCCUGCUUACUGGAACCUUCAGCAGAGUGCCCAGAAUGCAGCCAUGUCCAAGCCCCCCCGCAAGCCUGGCCUGUGCACCAUAGACCCGGAUAUAUCAGACACCGACACGUCAGACCCAGGCACGUCGGAGGGGGAUAAGGCCAACACUGUCGAGAGAAAGCUGCCUGUCAAAGAGGAGCUGGACGAGGCUGUACCGCCCCAUGAACUGCUUGACGUGUCCGCCAGUCGAGCCAAGGGGGAGCUGGCCUCUCGCGGUGGCCUGGCCAACAGACACCUGCCCUCCCUCAAGAAGACCACCAGCAUGAGCAGUGCCAGCAGCCAGGAUCAGAGUUUGGAUGAGAGCAGCCUGGACGACGACUUGCCAGAAGCCCUGAAGCAGCAGCAGCAGCAGCAGCAACAACAACAGCAGCAACAGCAGCAGCAAGCCUUCCUGCAGCAACACUCAGCAGAGCACCACCACCACCACCACCACCACCAGGAGGACCACAGCAGCAGGAGGUCAGCAGUGAUGGCAGCAGACAACCCCCCCCUGCUGCAGGACACCCCCAUUACCCACCACCCUCCCACCCAUGCCCCUGCCUCAUCCCCCAGUAGUGGUGCAGUCCCCCCAACCAAGGCUCCACACCAACCCCCACCCCCUUCCUACUCCCAGGCCAUGGGGGGCGUGGCAGGUGUUGGGGGUGUGGCCAUGGCCGCACACCUCCCCCCACACCACCACCACCCCACCCCACCCCCACCAUACCAUCCACCCCCAGCACAACAGUUCCCACAGCCCCCUAGACAGCCUCUCAUGCCCCCACACCCUCUCAGCCAGUCCACCCCCCGGGGCAGUGGGGUCUUUGAGGGUGCUGCUCCCCCCCCACCCCAUGACUCCCGCCCUGAGAUCCCAUACCGCCACCCGCCCCCCGUGGCACGCGUCCUGCCAGUGAACAGGGCCGAGAUAUCAGAAUCUUCGAGUCUAGCAGCUCACCUGGCCAGCCGCACCCCACAGCAGCACAGCCUCGCCGAGCAGCUCAAGGCUCUGCUGGCCGAGAGCAUUGGUAACGGCAGGGAGGUGGAGGGAGAGGGGCCCUCCCCACGCCUGGACCGCGACGUCAGCCCCAGCAAGCGUUCCCCCACUAGCCUGAUGGAAGAUGUGCGGCAGGCAGUCAUGCAUGCGGACGUCUCUUUGGGUAAGAAGCCUCAUAUAAGCGGUCCCUUGUAUGUGUCGUCAACAGCCCAUCACCUGGUGAGUCCAGGGCACCACCAGGUUGCCCCACCCUCGGCCACGUCUCCACAGAGGUCACAGUCCGCCUUCUACACCCCCGUGAGUAAGGCCAGCCGAGAGUCACACCGGGAGGUCCCCAGCGGCGGUUCCCAGUCCCCCAAGCUGGGCCGUGCUUCACCGGGCGCCUCAGUCAGCCCCAACCCAGCAGGAGGUGUGGUGCUACUGAGUCAGCGCUCUCUCGACAGCUCCAGCACACCCUCGCACAAGGGGUCCACAGGUGUAGACGCCAGCAGCGGGGAGCUGAGCAGCGGCCCCGCCUCCCUGGGCUCGGGGGAUGAGGGGUCGGGGGCCUCACUUGGUUCCCAGACCUCCCUCACCCACCCCCAGCCGCCCCCGCCCACCGAGCACCGCUCCAAGCGCUCCCACAUGUGGCAGACCGCCCCUGUGGUGGACUGGACCAAGGAGCAGGUGAGUCAGUGGUUGGUGGUGCAGGGCCUGGAGGGAUGCGUGGCCAAGUUUCAAGACAUGGCCAUCACCGGUCCAAGGCUUCUCAACCUCGACGCCCGAGACCUCAAGAACCUCGGACUUCCUACCGAUGAUAAGAACAAGAUCAAACGCAAGGUGAAGGAGUUGCGUCUGGCUGUGGAGAAGGAGAGGAAACAGAUCGAGAAGGAAAAGAAGGGGAGAGAGAAGCUGCAGAAGAAGGCAGAGAAACUGGCGGAGAAAGCAGAACGCAAGAAGAAGUGAAGAAUGACACAAUAUGACAGAGUGAGAAAAGAAGAGGAAAGAGAAACUACAGAAAAAGGUGGAUAAAGCAGAACACAAGGAUUAAGGGAUAGAGCACAGGCAACAGAGAAAGAAAUUAAUCCACAUACGCAUAGAAAAGCUACGUGUACGUGUUUCUGGAUCAAUAGCCUCCCCCGGUGAGCUCCGUGUGUGCAUGUGUAUGUGGGGCGGACCAGAGCAGCAGUGCAGGGCGGGGCGGGGCAGCGAGUGGAGGCCCCGAUCCUGAGGAGCCCAUAAAGAGGAGGGCACAUUAUAACGGUUAACAUUCAUUCCUCUUGUACCUCGUAGUUUUCCCCAAGUCUUCCCUAACGACCCUGUGUUGUCAGGCGCUUCCCGAGAGAGAGAGAGAGAGAGAGAGAGAGAGAGAGAGAGAGAGAGAGAUAAGCUAGACAAUGUUAUGUUUGAAAGACAGAAAAGAAAAAAAAUGUGAGUCAAGGUGAUCCAGGAACAGAGAGAAGGAGGGUGAAUAGAGAGAGAGAGCAUGAAUGAAUGAAUGAGUAAAAUUUAAUCAGACAAAAUGAUCCUAGUAGGGUUUUAAGUAGGGAAAGAGAGAGAGAGAGAGAGAGAGAGAGAGAGAGUGAGUGAGCAUGAAUGAAUGAGUUAUUAAUUAGACAAAAUGGUCCCAGGGUUCUAAGACCCUCCAAGAAUGACAACCAAAACCAAGGAAAAAAGAAAUUGGUUGUGCAAGUGACUAAUGUAGAAAACUAAGAGAAAAUGGCGGCGUGUGGAUGUGAAGUGAAGGCCUGGAUGACUGACCACAGACAGAAAACGGAGACUGGGUGUGGUGGAACGUGGAGUGACUGUCUCGGAACAUGGGCAGCAGAGAGGCCGGCCCUGGGUGACUGCCACGAAAUAGAAAACGGGACAACUGCUCAGUGUAAAUAGCUACUAAGGACCACACACUCGGGGACCAAUGGCGUGGCAGCACAGGUCACUGAGAGGUCACCCGCUACUGGCCAACCAAUCAGGAACGAGAUAGUGUAAGAUGCCAAGUGGUUAUGAAGGACGCUGCCUCUUCUGGGUCCAGUGGCACUUCCAGGAGGCACUCAGAGGGGAUUUGGACUGUUAGCACUGUGAUGUGGUGUUGUGGUGGUCUGCAUUUAAUUUAAUAUGAUGGUGAUGAUUGUGAUGAGUUGGUUGGUUGGUAUUCUCAUGGAUGUAUGUGUGCGUAUGUGUGUGUGUGGCAAGAGGAUGUAAUAUUUCAAUGAUAUUUCAUCACAUUAUUGGUGAAAACUACACUACACUGAACAGACAGGCAGCAUGAGAGAGAGUAUGGAUGGUGGGGUGUGAACUGUAGGGUUUGUUUACAUACUGUGGGGGGACAUACUGUGGGUCUGUGGCCUGUGGUGUGUGUGAGAGAGAGAGAGAGAGAGAGAGAGAGAGAGAGAGAGAGAGAGAGAGAGAGAGAGAGAGAGAGAGAGAGAGAGAGAGAGAACAACACACAAGACCAAGUUACUGCCCCUUACUUCUGAUCUCAUUUCAUUCCUUCAUCUUAUGCCCCACUAAACUUUCCUCCUUUACAAUUCUCCUCUUUACUCUCUUACUUUUCCCCUCUACUCUCCCUUUCCCUUACUUUUCCUCUACCCCUCUCUCCUUCCUCCUUAUCUACCCCCUCCUACUCCUUUCCCUUACUUUUCCUCUCUACUCCCCUUCCCUACCCCUCUCUCCAUUCCCUCUCAUACCACCCUUCUCUUCCCUCUCUCCACCCCCAACACCCUACCCCCUCCCCCAACCGAUCCCCUCCAGCUGCUUCCCACCCUCCAAGUCGUGGCUAUACUUUGUCUCACCAAGUGUGUAACAGUAAUUGUGUCACCUGAGGUCGCGAGAACACAGGAACACUGCCACUGACUGAUGCUUUCACUCACUUGCUGAUUGGUCUAAACAUUCCUGCCUUUUUUUAAACAAGCAUUGAAAUAAGAAGCAGCAAAUUAAGUACUAGAUUGUCUGAGUUUAAAAAUAGUAUGGCAUCUUUCUUACUUUUGGUAGAAAUGAGUGCUGCAGGUUUCAAAGGAUUACUGGGAUAGGUAAAGCAAUUAGAAGUCUAAUACAACCAGCGAAUGAGAAAUUAAACUCAUCUGUAGGUUUCAAAAGCAAAUAGUGAUACACAGACUAACCAGGAGUGAGAGAGAGCAUCAGUCAGGCAGUGUUACCAUGUCCCCGUGUCCUCAGGUGGCUAAACUACUGUGGCAGGUGUGGUGUGACGAGCAUAGGGCGCCGUCUUCCGCCUACCGCUGCUGUUAGGCGAGCAGAGUGGCUGUUAAGGUGUGUGUGGGGAGGCUGGCUGGAACGAAUACUCCCCGUCUCCUCUAUCCCUCCCUUCCUGACUCUCUCUCUCUCUCUCUCUCUCUCUCUCUCUCUCUCUCUCUCUCUCUCUCUCUCUCUCUCUCUCUCUCUCUCUCUCUCUCUCUCUCUCUCUCUCUCUCUCUCUGAUCACCCCCCUUCUUCUCUCUCCUUCUUGUUGACCUCGCCUUUCAUCCCCUCUCCUCUUCCACCCUCUCAUCCCCUCCUCUCCCUCUCCUCAUCCCGUUCCCCCCUCCUCUCCCUCUCUGACCCCCAUUCUUUUCUCUUCCUCCCUCUCUGACUUGCACUUCUUUUUCUGUUUUGUCCCUCCUCCUCUCCCUCCAUCUCUUUCUGAUCUGUUUUCUCUCCCACUUUCUCAUGUCCCUCCUUCUCUUUCCCUUCUCAUACUUUUCUCUCAUUUCACAUCACAACAAGAGGUUAACAUUUUAUCAGUUGAUUUUAGUAAUUAAUUAAUCUGCUGUUUUUUAACUCUUUUUAUAGAUUUUUUAUCAAACUUACAUGAAUGUUAAUUUAAUUUUAUAUGUAAUUUAUAUCUAGUUUUAUAUGUGUGUUCGUCAGAGAGUGAGAGAGAGCCUGCCUGUAACACACACACACACACACACACACACACACACACACACACACACACACACACACACACACACACACCAACCAACUGAAGGAGAAGCAAGCAAAUUUACCCAAAACCUCCCAAAUGACACUCGCCUUUCAUUCCACCUCGUAUUGACAUCCCCUGAUCCCACACCUCCCUCCCCCAACACUGGUACCUCCCCCCCAAUAACCACCCACUCCUACCCUCACCCCCCAUGAUAGCCACACCGCCUCCCCACCUCUGCGCUAAGCUAAACCCGUGGCAUCCCCACCGCCCCCCUUCCCUUCCCCCCUUACCUGUAUACUCCCCAUUCAACCUGUACAUACCGAUAAGUAAGUACCGAGUCUGUAUAUUUACCUGUGCUUUUGUAAAAUAAUGAUAAUAAAAUGUUUAAAGUGGC